GUGGCUUGACUGUAGAGUAGUUUAACUCUAUUCUACUUUAUACACAGAAAUGAUUAGAUAAAGAGUUUUAGAACAAAGUAUACUUAAUUAUACGACUUUAUUCACAUUCCAAAGUUUACACAAGUCAUUACAUCAGUUUAUUUAAAGUAAAUAAGUCAUUUUUCCUGGCCGAUAAGAAUCAUGGACAAAACACUGCAGCAUCCGGAAGGACAUGAAGCUUGGGCUAUGGACCAGGUCACUUUCCGCAGUGACACAGUGCUCUCUGACGUGCACUUACUGAUCCCCAACACUCGGCAUCUCAUGACUCGGCUCAACAGCGCCGGACAACCAGUGUUUUUAUCAAGGUUCAGGAUUCUGCGGGAGGAGGAGCAGAAGGAGGCGUGUUCUCUGUCAGAGGCGGAGUCUCACUCUGGUCUGGACAAAGAUGGAGACCUGGACGUAGCCAGGAAGCCAGCGGAGACGGUGCAGGACCGCCAAACCGCUCACCCCGUCAUCCUGAGCCAGUCUGGAGGAGCGAUUAGUGACGAGGAGGAGGAGGAGGAAGACGAUGUCGUGGAUGUCAUAAAGAUUGAGCACACGAUGGCCACGCCCCUGGAGGAUGUCGGAAAGCAGAUCUGGCGAGGAGCUUUACUGCUCUCGGACUUCAUCCUGUCCAGUCCGGCUGUGUUCAGAGGAGCCACCGUGCUCGAGCUGGGAGCAGGAACCGGAUUGGCCAGCAUCGUCGCGGCCAGUGUGGCGAAAACGGUCUACUGCACAGAUGUUGGUGAAGAUCUCCUCAGCAUGUGUCAGAGAAAUGUGCGCUUGAAUCAGCGUUAUACUGCAGCAUCAGACGAGCGUGGAGUGAAAGUGCGGCUGCUGGACUGGUCGGCAGACGAUUUCCUCACAGAUGCAGAUUCAGAAUUCGGCUGGAGCGAGGACGAGAUCUCGGACCUCCACGAUAACACCACGGUCAUCAUCGCAGCGGACGUGUGUUAUGACGACGAGCUGACCGACGCUCUGUUUCGUACUCUGUAUCGCAUUUCCAGUAAUCUGCGUCACUCCAGCACCGCCUUCAUCAGCAUCGAGAAACGGCUGAACUUCACGCUGCGCCACAUGGACGUGUCCUGCCAGGCCUACGAUCGUUUCUGCCGCUGUCUGGAGCAGAUGAUGCAGCUGAGAGAGAAGGACACCAGGUUCAUGGUGUCACCCGUGUCUUGCUCCUUCCCCCAGUUCUUCCAGUAUGAACGAGUCGGCCAACUGGAGCUGUGGAAAGUGUCUGCUUCUCCCUUUCAGACCAUCUCCAGCUCAACAUCGCCACAACAUCCUGCUGAAAACCAUGCAGCAUUGAAAACUGAUCCAGGAUCACGAGCCGAGAGUUGAUCCUCAGCUUUAUGCAGAUUACAAGUGUGUAAAAAACUCGGCGAGAUAAACGAAUCCCUGAUGUGAACGCUAUUUAACGUCAUUAAUUUAACACAGCUUUUAUUGUAUAGGAUAAAGGAGGUGAAGUAAGAAUAAUAUUUUAGUUUCUUUUGGGUUUUUUUGUUGUUGUAUCUACAUUGCUCCUACUACAGAUUUUAAAUUAUUAUCAUUUAAAAGUUAUCAUGUGUUGUAUGUUUUUACUGAGAUAACGAAUGAGUGAUGCAAUGAAUUGACUUUUAUCUGGCUCACGGUGUUUUACAAAUAAAGUGAGAGACAAUUAAAAAUAAUAAUAAGUGAAGGUAAAAUACAAAAAUAAUAAAUAUUAGGCUGAAGGAGAGUUUCAAUUUGAAGAAAUUUAGUAGAUAUAAUAUUAAGGAAAAGGAUGUCAAAUGUGUUGCUCUUCCGAGGAUGAACACUAGAGGGCGCGCUAGUUCAAGAUUACAUUGAACAGCGAUGGGAAUUUCGGCGCAGUUCGGUGAGUCAGAUUAUUCGGCUCGUGUCAUCAGUAAGAGUCGAUUCUUUAGACUCCUAAAUGACUCAAUAUUGUUCUAACUUAUAAUCGAAUAAUCUUUAUAUUAAAUCACGGCAAAUAUGCCUUGAUCAAA